UUUCCACCCGCAGUCGCUCUGCCCCCGGAGAGACUUGAGGCGGCUCCUGGCGUCGCCCUAAGGGAGCGACUGAGCGAGCAGAGUCCAGCGCCCGGUGGUGGGCGGGCGGCGAGGGGGAGUCCGCUACGAGUGCCCGCGCUCCCCGCUGCUCUCCAUGAACCGGGCGAAAUAAGCCUCGCCUCCAGCAGGAGCUGCGCCUCCAUGAAUCCCUAGUUUUGUUUUGUUUUUUUUCUUUCUCUCCCCGCUCCUCACCCCCCUCCCCGGGUCCCAUCCUGCCUUCUCCCUUCUCCAGCGGCGGCGGUGGCAUCCAGGUGCGGAGUCCAGAGCUGAGUGCAAUGGCGUCCAACCCUGAACAGGGGGAGAUACUGCUCACUGAGUUCCAGGGAGAUUCACGAACUCUUCCAUUUUCUGAGAAUGUGAGUGCUGUUCAAAAAUUAGACUUUUCAGAUACAGUGGUGCAACAGAAAUUGGAUGAUAUCAAGGAUCGAAUCAAGAGAGAAAUAAGGAAAGAACUGAAAAUCAAAGAAGGGGCUGAAAAUCUGAGGAAAGUCACAACUGAUAAAAAAAGUUUGGCUUAUGUGGACAACAUUUUGAAAAAGUCAAAUAAAAAAUUAGAAGAACUACAUCACAAGCUACAGGAACUAAACGCACAUAUUGUUGUAUCAGAUCCAGAAGAUGUUACAGAUUGUCCAAGAACUCCAGACACUCCCAGUAGUGACCCUCGUUGUUCUACUAGCAAUAAUAGAUUGAUGGCCUUACAAAAACAGUUGGAUAUAGAACUUAAAGUAAAACAAGGUGCAGAGAACAUGAUACAGAUGUAUUCAAAUGGAUCAUCAAAGGAUCGGAAACUCCAUGGCACAGCUCAGCAACUUCUCCAGGACAGCAAGACAAAAAUAGAAGUGAUACGAAUGCAGAUUCUUCAGGCAGUCCAGACCAAUGAAUUGGCUUUUGACAAUGCAAAACCUGUCAUAAGUCCUCUUGAACUUCGGAUGGAAGAAUUAAGGCAUCAUUUUAGGAUAGAGUUUGCAGUAGCAGAAGGUGCAAAGAAUGUAAUGAAAUUACUUGGCUCAGGAAAAGUAACAGACAGAAAAGCACUUUCAGAAGCUCAAGCAAGAUUUAAUGAAUCAAGUCAGAAGUUGGACCUUUUAAAGUAUUCAUUAGAACAAAGAUUAAAUGAACUUCCCAAGAAUCAUCCUAAAAGCAGUAUCAUUAUUGAGGAGCUUUCACUAGUUACAUCACCAACACUAAGUCCACGUCAAAGUAUGAUAUCUACACAAAAUCAAUAUAGUACACUAUCCAAACCAGCAGCACUAACAGGUACUUUGGAAGUUCGUCUUAUGGGCUGUCAAGAUAUCCUAGAGAAUGUCCCUGGACGAUCAAAAGCAACAUCGGUUGCACUACCUGGUUGGAGUCCAAGUGAAACCAGAUCAUCUUUCAUGAGCAGAACGAGCAAAAGUAAAAGUGGAAGUAGUCGAAAUCUCUUAAAAACCGAUGACUUGUCCAAUGAUGUCUGCGCAGUUUUGAAGCUAGAUAAUACUGUGGUUGGUCAAACUUAUUGGAAACCCAUUUCCAAUCAGUCGUGGGACCAGAAGUUUACACUGGAACUAGACAGGUCACGUGAACUGGAAAUUUCAGUUUAUUGGCGUGAUUGGCGAUCUCUGUGUGCUGUAAAAUUUCUGAGGUUAGAAGAUUUUUUAGACAACCAGCGGCAUGGCAUGUGUCUCUAUUUGGAACCACAGGGUACUUUAUUUGCAGAGGUUACCUUUUUUAAUCCAGUCAUUGAAAGACGACCAAAACUCCAACGACAAAAGAAAAUUUUUUCAAAACAACAAGGCAAAACAUUUCUCAGAGCCCCUCAAAUGAAUAUUAAUAUUGCUACCUGGGGAAGGCUGGUGAGAAGAGCUAUUCCUACAGUAAAUCAUUCUGGCACCUUCAGUCCUCAAGCACCUGUGCCUCCUACAGUGCCAGUGGUUGAUGUACGCAUCCCUGAACUAGCACCUCCAACUAGUGAUUCUACAGUAACCAAAUUGGACUUUGAUCUUGAACCUGAACCUCCUCCCGCCCCACCACGUGAUUCUUCUCUUGGAGAAAUAGAUGAAUCUGAUGAGUUAAGAGAUGUGGAUACACCAGGACAGGAUUCAGAAACUGUUUUUGAUAUUGAAGAUGACAGAAAUAGUAUACUUCCAAAAUCUCAAUCUGAAUAUGAACCUGAUAUUUCUCAGUCAGGCCUAGAAUAUAGUGGUAUCCGAGAACUUGAGGAUAGAAGAUCUCAACAGAUGUUUCAGUUUAAUCUACAGGACUUCAGAUGUUGUGCUGUCUUGGGUAGAGGACACUUUGGAAAGGUGCUUCUGGCUGAAUAUAAACACACAAAUGAAAUGUUUGCUAUAAAAGCCUUAAAGAAAGGAGACAUUGUAGCUCGAGACGAAGUAGACAGCCUGAUGUGUGAAAAAAGAAUUUUUGAAACUGUGAAUAGUGUAAGACAUCCAUUUUUGGUGAACCUCUUUGCCUGUUUCCAAACCAAAGAGCACGUUUGCUUUGUAAUGGAAUAUGCUGCUGGCGGGGACCUGAUGAUGCACAUUCACACUGAUGUCUUUGCUGAGCCAAGAGCUGUAUUUUAUGCUGCAUGUGUAGUUCUUGGGUUGCAGUAUUUACAUGAACACAAAAUUGUCUAUAGAGAUUUGAAAUUGGAUAACUUAUUGCUAGAUACAGAGGGCUUUGUGAAAAUUGCUGAUUUUGGUCUUUGCAAAGAAGGAAUGGGAUAUGGAGACAGAACAAGCACAUUUUGUGGCACUCCUGAAUUUCUUGCCCCAGAAGUAUUAACAGAAACAUCCUACACAAGGGCUGUAGAUUGGUGGGGACUUGGUGUACUUAUAUAUGAAAUGCUUGUUGGCGAGUCUCCCUUUCCUGGUGAUGAUGAAGAGGAGGUUUUUGACAGUAUUGUCAAUGACGAAGUAAGGUAUCCAAGGUUCCUAUCUACAGAAGCCAUUUCAAUAAUGAGAAGGCUAUUAAGAAGAAAUCCAGAGAGGCGCCUUGGAGCUGGUGAGAAAGAUGCAGAAGAUGUAAAAAAGCAUCCAUUUUUUCGACUAAUUGAUUGGAUUGCUCUGAUGGACAAAAAAGUAAAGCCGCCAUUUGUACCUACCAUUAGAGGACGGGAAGAUGUUAGUAAUUUUGAUGAUGAAUUUACCUCAGAAGCACCUAUUCUGACUCCACCUCGGGAACCAAGGAUACUUUCAGAAGAGGAGCAAGAAAUGUUCAGAGAUUUUGACUACAUUGCUGAUUGGUGUUAAGUUCCUAGACACUGUGAAACCAAGCAGACUGACUACAAGAUGACCUCUUAGAAAUAGCGAACCUUUCAUUUGCUCUCUGUGCCACCAGUAGCUUCUGAGUCUGUUGUUGUUUUUAAACACAUGAAGAUUUGUUUUAAAGUACUUCUAAUACCUUCCUGAAAAGUAGUUUCUUGAUGUAUUUUCAGCAUAAAUCUGAGCACUGGAAACAGUUUUAUAGAGUUUAGGCUGAAUGUGUAUCAGCCGUGAAAAUCUAUCAAAUACUUUUAGAUCAAUAGUCUUAAAAAAAAAAAAAAAGGAAGAAAACUCCUCUAUAAUCCCUAGUUUUGUCGUAUGCCUGCCUUUAGCAGAAGGAAAAUGAAUCAGUUAACUUCACUUAGCUGUUUUUUUUUUUUCCAAUGGGAAAAGGGCUUGGAGUGCUAUUCCUAUUCACAAAUAGUAUGAUUCUUUUUAAAUAAGGCAAAUGCUCUUAUUUUUUUAAAGAAAUUAAUGUCCAAAAAGUAGUGGUAGUUUGUGCACAUUUUUAGGCUUUUUUAAUUAAAUGAAUUGAUGUCUUGUUUUAUAAGUUUUUUUUAUAUUUAUUAGAACAUUUUUAUUGCCUUAUCUUUACCAACCAUGUAACAAAACCUCAUAGCUUUCCAGCAGAGCUACUUGCCAAACAGUUUUUUGUUUAUUAGACCAUUAUGAAAUGAACAGGAACAACUAAACAUCAACAUUUACUAAAAAAUUUAAGAAUGAGAACUUCUAAUCAGCCUGAACCAAGAUACUGUGUUAUCUCUAUGCAUUCCCAAAGUCUGGCCCCUUGGGGUGUUCAGUCACGCCUUCUUCCAAAGUCAGUGAACUGAUUAAUGCUGUUCUUGAUACUCAUUGUACAUUUUAUCAACCUAGUUCAUCUUGUUCUUGUAUCUACUGUAGAAGGGAACUAUAUCUUUGUUAAAACAUAGAGAUUAUUAUGGUA